AUGUCACCUCUCGGAUUGACUCUGAGCAAAAGGCUUCUGCGAAGUCUGACAUUACUUACUUUCAUCCCACAAUUCGCCUUAGGAUUUGACAUCCAAGGUACCACUAACGUAGCUCUCUACUGGGGUCAAAACUCCGCUCAAAUAUCUCCCCAACCCCCCCUAAAAUCAUUCUGCGCCCGUCCAGAUGUCGACAUUCUAGUCCUAUCUUUUAUCGCUAUCCUCUACUCAAACGAGAAGAUUCCAAUCUUAAACCUAGCUACUCAACAAUGCACCCAGGCUCCCGGUUCCUCGGGAGGACAAAUAGUAUGUCCUGAAUUAGCCCAAGAGAUCGAAUAUUGUCGAGGACAAGGGAAGAAGGUACUCGUAUCUUUGGGUGGUGCGACAGCCGGAUACGAAAUUCAAAGUUCCGAUGAAGCUGUUGCUGCGGCGAAACAGAUUUGGAAUACAUACCUCGGAGGGGGGAAGGAUGGAAGGGUUGUUAGACCGUUUGGAGAUGUUGAGGUCGAUGGUGUCGAUUUGGAUCUUGAAUCGCCGCCCGGACAAGAAGGAAUACACUGGCCGGUAUUCAUUGAUACGAUCAGGUCACUCUAUCAAAGUGAAGUCGGACGGAACGGGAAAAAAGAUUAUUUAAUUACUGCAUCCCCGCAGUGCGUUUAUCCAGAUGUUAUACUCUCACCGGCACUUAGAGACAAGAGAUCCUGGUUUGAUAUGCUCUUCAUUCAAUUUUACAACAACUUCUGCGCCCCCACAAACCCUUCUUCGUUCAACUUCAACGAAUGGGCUGAAUGGGCCCGUUCCUCAUCCCAAAACCCCUCUAUAAAACUCUUCCUCGGCGCUCCAGCCUCCCCAUCCGCCGCCCCUGCCGGCGGAUUCGCACCAUUAGAAACCCUAUUAAAAGUAGCAUCAGACUCAAUGGAAGACUGUGAAAACGCCCGUGUAUUCUGGGGCGGCGGUGCGGCAGCGGCAUCUAAAAACUCCACUAACCCUUACAACCCUUUCGGCGGAAUUGCAUUCUGGGACGCAUCAUGGACUACACCGGAAUUCACUGCGGCUACAAAAUCCGGCCUAACGAGUAGCUGGGAGAAAGCGAAGGCGAGAGGUCAAUUUUUUAAAAGAGAGGAGCCAGCUGGUAGUGAUGGAGAGGCUGAAAGUGCAGCUGAUAGGAAAGGGGAAGGUAGAAGUACUUUGGCGAGGGGUAGAACCCCACGGAGACGUCAUGCUAUUCGUCGACGACACAGACAUAGACAGUGA